AUUAAAAUAAUUAAAUAUGGGUGCGGUUUGUAUAGAGCUGAGGUUCUAUACAAUCAAAGUGAUACACAUCUUUAAAUUGUGUUGAGAAAUGUGGUUUAAAUACUGGAAAUCUUAUCAAAGCAAUUAGCUGGUUCUUUGCUUUGUGCCCUUUUCAUGGCGGAUCGAUUGACGUUUCGCCCUAGCCGUAAAAGUGCAAAGAAUAGGACUAACCCAGAGGCGAGCAUGUGCUUUGAUCCGUUGGUGGUAGAUGAACAGGCAAUUAUUCCUAUAGAUGACUCUGACGAGGAUACAGGGGAUUUUGUUAUUGACUUGUCGGCGCUGGUGAUGGAGGAGGAUGGCGUCGAGGUUGAUGAUGCUGGGUCUUUUGAUCCACAGUCUGCUUUGGUGCUUUCUGAGCCUAUUGCUCCCCUUGCUACUUUGCCUGAAGUAGCCACAUUGUCGGAAGCUAUGGGUGGCGGUGCUGAGAAUGACAGAGUUGAAAAUGCUCUUUAUCGGGUGGUUCUUGAAGAUAUGAGACUUGAUUAUGAUGUCCCUAUUGCUAAGGUUUAUCAGGCAAUCAAAGAAAAAAAAAAGAGUGAAGAAGCGAGCUGCUAAGGAAGUGCAAGCGCCGGGUAAGAACGUUGUGGAGGGUAUGGAGGCUAACACUGAUUUGAAGGUGCCUGAGGCUGUGAUGAUUGAAGAGAUGCAGUUGCAGGCUACGGAUAUGGUGUAGAAUGAGGCUACCGUCAAGUCUUCAGGCACUGUUCGUCACAAAGGGAAGAAAAAGGUGCUGCUAAAAGUUAAGGAAAAGAAGUCGGCUGCUCCUUCGAGAUAUUCAAGUAGACUGAAGGCAGGGGCGCAUUGGUGAUCAGGGAGUUGAAUGCUAAUGCUCUACUUGUAGUGAGUUUGGAGGAGUCUACUUUUGAUGAUGAUGAAUGUGAUGCUGUGCUUGAUGCGCCUUUUCAGGGGCCUCACGGUGAACGUUCAGGUCGGAGAAAAUUUAUUGGCGACAAAGUUCUUGAGUCGAAUGGCUGAAAGAGGGCGGUCUGAACACAUAAUUUUUUCAUUCUAUUGCCUGUGCACGCAAGCGACAGAAUGAUCUCUCAGGUCUUACGAUUCAAGGAGUAAUGCAGGAGGAUAUUGAUAGUCGCAAUUUGGCGAUAAUUGAGCAUUUUUGAAAGGCUUUUUCAUUGGAAAUAUGCGCUACCCUUAGAUUGGGUUGUAUUUCUUUUAAAACUCUUUCAGAGACAGUUGCAGCACAACUUGAAGUUGAGGUCUCAAUGGACGAACUGAAAUUAGUUGUUUUUUCGUUGGCAGGAGAUAAGGCACCUGGACCUGACGGCUUUCCUAUGUGUUUUUUCCAUAGGUUUUGGUCGAUGUUGU